GAACUGUUCUAUUUUCCAUCAUUCUAUUUCAGCAACCAACGACUUUUUCAGGAAACAUCUACCCAGCUUGCUCAUGGUAGAUUCCAGAAACGUCUUAUUCCUACAUUAAUCGGGCAACUGCAUAUCAGCUAUCAAGGAGGCUUUAUUCUUUGAUUGCUGGCUUUUGAUUUCCUGAUUUAUCUUAGACUAAAAUUUCAAGGAAGUUUCUUUCCAUGGACCAGAAUGACAAAUUAGCCUUGCACCAAACUUUCCCACACACCAAGAAACAAAAUCAACUUACAUCUUUUCAUCGGGUCUCCCUUUUGUAUCAAUAAUUCUUGACACAAUUCCUCCCCAACGGUCACAAUAGAGGAGAGGACAACAUCUCACUUUGCUUCCAAUUUGUAUUGUUCCACUUGGUCUUCCUGUAGACCCAUCUCAACAUGGACGACUCGAGAAAUAUGUCUCAUCGUGGUUCACCUGACCCCAACAAGGAAACCAAACCAACUUCUUUUCUCAAGAACUACAAACGUUCACAUAAAGACGCCUCUCUAGAUUCCCAAGCCGUAGCCUCCACCAGUCAAAACUCGGGAGGUUUUCAGUACCCAGCCCCGCGACCUCGACAUGAUUCAAAACAUGAUUUGAAUGAAAUCGCAUCAUGCAACCAGCCCGACCCAAAACCUGAUGCAGCCGUACCUCUUUCGCAUGCGCAGAAAACUGUGCCAGCCGUCAUCAAGAAUCUUGCGGGUGAAGUGAUAGCAAAAUAUACCUACAAUGAGUACAGGCCUACAAAUCCGAUAGUCGUCACCGGCUUUUCUUGUCAACGUGCACCCGAGAAUAUCGAACUUCCUCCUUCAAGGCCAAAUGAACCAGUAGAGCCGUGGAAAAUCUUUCCCCCACCAGCGAAUUCUGCUUUUACCGGCAUCGAAAAGGUCGAUAAGUACGAUCCACAACAAUAUGACACUUUCGAUGUGGCUCUUGAUGGAGCUGAGCUUGUCAUUAAAAAUACACCAUCUCCUAAAAAGCUUGUACCCGAUGUAACUAAGCGUGCUAGAAAACUAUCGAUUGGUGAAAUGGUGGCCACUGGAAUAGAUUUUACACAAAAGUCUGGGGUACAACAUGAUCCUUCAUGUGUUGGUGAAAUCUACCCUGUAGAGGAGCAAAAGGCCGACUUUGUCAGAAAUUUAAACGAAGGAGCACCUAUCGAAUACUGCAAAAAAUGUAAGCAGAGUCACAUCCCGCCUGGACCUCCAAUCACACUCGCAGAUCGGGAUACAUGUGGUGCAUACCUACCGGACUGGUUUCCAUCGGAGGGAAUCCAUAGGCCCUGGGCUAAUUUCAGGAGCAUGAUGAAUGAUUGGAUUAUCGGGAGAGAAAUCGAGCUAGGCUAUGAUGAUCACAAAGAGAGAGACCCCGAGCGUAAUCUGUGGAACCUAGAAUUUCACUCUGACCACGAAUCAUGGAAACAAACUGGGCGAACUAAGGGAAAGGGGGGCUGGUGGAAAUGUAGGAGUGGACCAAAUGCCACCCCGGCUGAAAGAUCUUGUCGAGUCUGUACCUCCAGAGAAGCAAAACGUAGAGAACAGGAAGUGAAGAGCUAUAGACUCAAGCCUACUGCGACGCAGAGCAGAGCAAAUAUUGAGAACUGGAUUACAGAGAGAAUCAAGGCAGUCGGGCUUGAAGAUAAGAAAGCUGCUCUUGCCAUGUGGCGCGCAAAUGGCAUUCCAAAACACUAUGGGCCAGCAGUUUCGAGAAACGGAAUGUAUCCCGUUACCGAGGGAGGACGCCCAAUUGUCGAUGGAACAAGCCCAGUUACAGGUGUAUCAUCAUUGGGACCACGAAAAUUUCUCCCUCCUGAGCAAAUGUUCUCGGAAAGAUUGUUCCGAGGCAGUGGUCUGCAAUCCGCAGGUUCUCAGAGCGUCGAUGAAAGUCUUGGAGUCGAGGGUUCAACGGGGGAUACGAAUUCCCCUCUUUCUUCUAAUACUUCCCCUUUGCCUGGUCAAUCUGGUGUUCCCAAAAUUACCGUGUCGGAUAGUGGGUUGGGUUCAUCUGCUUCUUCGCAAGAGCCUCCUUCUGAUGCAGCUUCAUCUGCGCUGCCUACUACAGUUAGAGCUAAUACAAGUGCUUAAAGUCUAAUUUUGGGGGUCUUGGUAUAGAUUGUUUUGAUGGAGCACUUACGGAGUACUUGUGGAGUACAUAGCAGAUCACGGUUGCGUUUCUUACGGAUAUCGGAGUCUAGGCGUUCUAUCACAUAUGACGGCAGUGGACGGGCAUGCAAUUUUCAGCACAAAAGUACAACUUCUGCUCAUUAAUCUCUUUCUUAUAAAAGCAUCAGCGAUGGGUGAUAUGGGUGUUAGGAUCAAGUUUUCUUUUUGGGCGAACUCAUCAACUUGACACAUCUAUUAUAUGGGAUCCUGAAACUCGGCGAAAAUUCAUUGGGCUUUGGGUCGGGUAUUGCGAGGCUGGGAAAAUUAUCGAGUUCUCUAUUUGGUGUCGGGGAGUUUCUUUUUUCUUCUCGAUAUACCCCAGGAAGAUUGAAUAGUGGUUCAUAUGGCAUUGGUAGUACAGCUGUAGAAACAAGUAGAGGUCUGCAUUAGUUUAUAUGGUCAUAGCGAUAGCUUCUCGAUACAGAAAUGUGAAUAUAUAUAAAAUUGGACUAUGAGGGGUUGAAUAUUUUUUGCAAUUUUCGGGGGGAAUGGUUUAGUAUCGAAGCAAGUCUGGGUUUUGUAUGUUUGAAAGAGGCGAUUGUGUGGAUUUGUUGUCUUUGUAUGGUAAUGAUGGGGUGUUUUGGUGGUGGGUUUCUGGAUCGAUAUUCACAUGUAUACACAUACGUAUCACAUUGACGAUAUGAUACGUUCGUUUCGUCGCAUUGGCUGUUAUUGUUCUGUCUCAGAGCGAUGGGAUAGGAGGAAUUAGUCUGGAUGGAUGGGUGGGUGUUUGGGCUUGCA